AUGUCGAGCGAACAAUGCAAUUCGAUGGGUGAAGUCAAGCCUGCAGAUGAUACUGCUAGACAGGUCUUUGGUGAAGUGGAAGACCAAGUCUACAAAAAGUUGCGUCAUGAAGACAGAGUCCAUAAUAUGCAUCGCACGGAUCAACUAGAGAAACCCCGAUAUUAUGAGCUUCAGGAAUAUGCUGUCGAGACGGCAGCUUACGGAUGCAACUAUUUUGGAAAAAUCAAAGUAGACGAAGGCAAAUUCGUUCAUGCUAGGUAA